UCAACUUUAAUCUCUGUUCCAUAUAACUUUUCCCUGUAAAUGAUCCACAUUAUGUUCUUCUUCCUCAUCCCCUUCAUAGGGAUAAACUACUGCGUCGAUGCCCUCAAGGCAAGUAAUGCCCGUUUCACGGCUACCACCACCAAGUACUGUAACAAGGACCUCCUUGACGCGGACGGUAACCCCGCACCUUGCGGCAAGUCCAUGGCUAGAGAGACUUAUGGCCUCACGCUUCCCGGCAUGGAAGAUGGUAGCCUAACUACGAGGGAAGAUGUUAUCGUCACUGAGGAGGGUCAGGUUAGAGUCGAGGCCUCCCCCAACCACCCCUAUCAGUAUAUGAUGUAUGUUGAAACCCCUGAGAUGCACAAGGUCGAUCAAAUAUUCAUGAAUACAGCCCGUACUGUCCUCGAGGAGACUCGUCCUUCUCAUCGCAUGCUCACUGCGGCGACACAGAACACCCAGAGCCUUGAGGAUAAUGGGUGGAUCAAGGAGGGCAUCGAAUCACUCGACGGUGGCUCGUAUACCAAGUGGUCUCAUCAUGGCCCUGAAGGAGUGGACCCAAAGGAUGGCACCAACUACACUGCCAUUUAUCAGACUGGUCUCCAGCCCAACGUCUGGGUCCUCUAUACUGACGAGUCUGCUAACAAGCCCUAUAAACUAUUAGCCAUCAACACAUAUAAGAACGGCAAAGCUAUCAAUUCAGCUGAUAAGGAAGUCACCUUCGCGGACAGGGACAUCAAUUUAGCGAUGAAGGUUGAAUAA